UGUGGCAAAGAUUUUGUCUAUGGUUAUUGUGAUUUGUGGUUAAAUACGAUUAACUUUGUAUUUAUUGAAAAAAUGCAAUGUAAAAGAGUUUAAGCUAUUUCGUGUUUGUUAUUAAUAAGCAAUUACUAUCCUGGAACUGUGGAAUUUAAAGUAUUGUCGAAAAUGGACGAAAAAGAAGAGUUGCAUUUAACCUCACAGGAGUUACAAGUGUUAUCAGAACUUGACAGUCGUCAGUUUGGGUUCCUGAAACUCCGUGGCAGCGAACAUGGAAGAACAAGAGCUUUGGUUCUCAAAGCUGUCAAGUAUUUAGAAGGAAUGCUGGUACAAGUCAAAGAGGAAGAAAGAGCUUGUUCCCCUGGAGCUAGACGGGACAUUUGUAUUGAUCCUAAGACUUACUGCAAGUUGGGUCACUUUCAUCUGUUGCUAGAAGACUAUGCUAAAGCAAUGUCAGCAUAUCAAAAAUUCUAUGCAUUGGAACAAGACAACUGGAAAGAUCCACUCUUUUUGUAUGGACUGGGACUCUGCUACUACCACUACAAUGCCUUUGAUUGGGCGACGAAAGCGCUGCAGAUGGCCCUGUACGUGUCCCCCGGGUUCUCCCGUGCGGCGGACGCGCACCUGCGCCUCGCGCUCAUGUUCAAGGCCCGCCGGCACUGGGGCGCCGCGGCGGUGCACUUCCGUCGCGCGAGGCUGGCUCCGCACCAGGACGCCACCUUCACCCGGCUGGAGCUCAGCUUCCACGCCGCCCACCUGCUGGAGGCCAAGGGACUGAGGAAAGCCGCGAGAGAUGCUUACGAGAGACUCCUGAAGGAGCCGCAGCUGUCGUCCAUGUUGAAGGCUGACGUCUGUCGACAACUGGGCUGGCUAUACCACCGGUGCGCGUCACUGGGCGAGCCCGCCGGUCGCGCGCGCGCCGCGGUGUGGUGCCUCCAGCGAGCCGUGGUGGCUGAGCCGGAGUCGGGGGCUGGGCUGUACCUCCUGGGCAGGUGCUUCGCGGCGCAGGGCAAGGUGCACGACGCGUUCAUCGCGUACAGGAACUCGGUGGAGAAGUCGGAAGGCAACGCGGACACUUGGUGCUCUAUUGGGGUACUAUAUCAGCAGCAGAACCAGCCGAUGGAUGCGUUGCAAGCGUACAUCUGCGCAGUCCAGUUAGACAAGGGCCACUCGGCGGCGUGGACCAACCUCGGCAGCCUUUACGAGAGUUGCUCGAUGGCCCGCGACGCCUUCGCGUGCUACAACAAUGGCGGCGCGCGUGCUACGCUCGCGAACGCACCGCUGCGGCAACGACUGGCUUUCCUGCGUGCGCAUCUAGCACACGCACCCAUGCCUUCUGUCACGGGGAAACGCCGCCCGCUGCCAUCUAUCGAGGAAGCGUGGAACUUGCCGAUAUCGGCGGAGAUGUCGUCGCGCGCGCCCAAAGCCGCGCCGCCGCCGUACCCGGGCGCGGGGGGCGCGGGCGGCGCGGGCGGGCCGGCGGGGGGCAUCAAGCGCGAGGAGCCCGCGCCGCUCACGCAGCAGCAACUGCAGACGUUGCAGUACUUGCAGAGGAACUCGCACAACCUGUCGCCGCAGCAACAAGCUUUGAUGCAGCAGCUGUUGUCACAAUAUCGACAGUCGCAGGCGGCGAGAGUGCGCGCGGUAGCAAAAAGCGAAGGCAGUACAAGCGGCGACAGCGCCGAGUCGCUCGCUGAAGACUUGUUGAAGAAGUUCUCGGACACGCAGCCCGAUAUCAAAAAGGAGCCAAUCAUGAAGAGCCCGCCGAACGGCAGCAGCAACGAGGCGGUGCUGGGCGGCCGCCAGCCCGUCGUGAAGCUGGAGCCGCUGAAGGGCGACCCGCUGAAGCCCGUCGCCUUCCACAUCGGCAUGACGGCCAAGCAGGUGCUGGACGCGUGCAAGGAGCACGCCGGGCCGCCGGCCGCCUGGUCCGUGCUGGGCGACGGGCGUGGCCCGCCCGAGCCGCCCGGCGUGCCGCCGCCGCGCCUGGCCGCCGAGCAGCUGGCGCCCUCAGCGCCCUUCGUGUACGUGGAGUCCAAGCGCGACGCCUUCUCGCCGCAGCUGCAGGACUUCUGCCUCAAGCACCCCAUCGCCGUGGUGCGCGGGCUCACGGCGGCGCUCAAGCUGGACCUGGGCCUGUUCUCCACCAAGACGCUGGUGGAGGCGUGGCCCGAGCACGCCGUGGAGGUGCGCACGCAGCUCAUGCAGUCGGCCGACGAGAACUGGGACGCGGGCGGGCGGCGGCGCGUGUGGGCCUGCGCCUCGCACCGCUCGCACACCACGGUGCGCAAGUACGCGCAGUACCAGGCCGGCUCGUUCCAGGAGUCGCUGCGCGAGGAGCGCGAGCGCGCCGGCCCGCCGCCCGCCGCCUCCGACUCGGACUCGGGCCCGGCCAAGCGGCGCCGCGCCGCGCGCAUGCUGCGCUUCGGCACCAACGUGGACCUGUCGGACGAGCGCAAGUGGAAGCAGCAGCUGGCCGAGCUGCAGAAGCUGCCCGCCUUCGCGCGCGUGGCGUCGGCCGCCAACAUGCUGUCGCACGUGGGCCACGUCAUCCUCGGCAUGAACACGGUGCAGCUGUACAUGAAGGUGCCGGGCAGCCGCACGCCCGGCCACCAGGAGAACAACAACUUCUGCUCCAUCAACAUCAACAUCGGGCCCGGCGACUGCGAGUGGUUCGGCGUGCCCGACGCGUACUGGGGCGGCGUGCGCGAGCUGUGCGAGCGGCACGGCCUGUCGUACCUGCACGGCUCGUGGUGGCCCGACCCGGCCGAGCUGCGCGCGCACGGCGUGCCCGUGUACCGCUUCACGCAGCGGCCCGGCGACCUGGUGUGGGUCAACUCGGGCUGCGUGCACUGGGUGCAGGCCACGGGCUGGUGCAACAACAUCGCGUGGAACGUGGGCCCGCUGACGGCGCGCCAGUACGCGUUGGCGCUGGAGCGCUACGAGUGGAACAAGGUGCAGAACUUCAAGUCCAUCGUGCCCAUGGUGCACCUGACGUGGAACCUGGCGCGCAACAUCCGCGUGUCGGACCCCGCGCUGCACCGCGCCAUGCGCACCUGCCUGCUGCAGACGCUGCGCGCCGCCGCCGGCACGCUGGCCGCCGUGCGCGCGCGCGGCGUGCCCGUGCGCUUCCACGGGCGCGCGCGCGGCGAGGCGUCGCACUACUGCGGCGCGUGCGAGCGCGAGGUGUGGCACGCGCUGCUUGUGCGCGAGCACGAGCGCCGGCACGUGGUGCACUGCCUGGCGUGCGCGCGCCGCGCCGCGCCCGGCCUGGCCGGCUUCCUGUGCCUGGAGGAGCACCACAUGGAGGAGCUGGCGCAGGUGCUGGACGCGUUCGCGCUGCACCGGCCCGCGCCGCCGCCGCACGCGCCCGCGCCCGCCGCCGCGCCCGCGCCCGCUCCCACCCCUGCCGUCGCGCCCGCGCUCGCGCCCACGCCCGACUGAGGCGCGCCGGCCUCGCUCGCGGGGUUGCGCUUUCCGUUCUCCUCGAUCUGGGCCGAGGCCGGGCGCGGGCAGGGCGCCGAGUAGCGCGCGGGAGGCGCGUCACGUACCUGUACUUGUGUGAGAGUUGUAUGAUACGUUGUCG